UCACUCACACCGUGGUUCAAACUUACCGAUUUCAACCUGUAGGGAAGGAACGGAUUAUUCACAUCCUAAUACUUGAUUUUACUGUAUUUCAUACAUGGAAUAAUUCUAUUAAAAAAAAAAAUAUUACUGAAUUUUAUUUGGGUCAACAGAAGAGCAAAAAUUUUUAUUAAGGCAGCAAAUACGACUGUCGAAAUACGAUAUUAUGGCUGAUUGAGUGGACCCCAAAAUCAUAUUUAGCAAAUUGGUAGGAGUACAAUAAUGUGCAGAAUCACUGUUACCGCCACGCUACCUGCGAUAGAGAAAGAAGGGAGAAAUGGAUACAUUACAACGGCUUUUUCUGCCAGCGCUGCUAAUUAUGCUCGAAGGGAGUUCUGGCAGCACCUCACCAACGUCGUUUACAGCAGGACGGUCAGGAAAACACCGCGACCUUGGUUCAGACGGUUCAGUCGCACUGCUGCGCUUGUUACAGAAACCAUGACAAUAUCCAACGCGCGGUCCCUCGGGAAUACGCCAGCAGCAAAGAGAUGCAGUGCAGCGCUUGACAUUGUGAAAACAGUGAUCCGUCUACGAUUAGCUUUGGGAUUCCUUGGGAGAUCAAAUCAAAGAUCAUAUAACAAGAUAUAUCGAGAUCGACGUAUGUGCGGACGCAUUCUGGGAAAGAUGAUCCAUACUCAGUGGUUCGAUGAACUGUACGGAACACUAUCCUGAUCCGUUCCUAAUUAGGAUAACCAUCAGGUACACAGCAAAAGUCAGGGGUUGUUGGCAACGAUCAACAAUUAUUGCCGCGCUAUAGCCGAGGAAGUGGAGGGAGGCUGUCCCUGGACCAAGCCCCAGCUCCCAGUCUAGUCCCCCAGAAGAGGGAACCGGCGAGAAGCGCAGGCGUCGAGACGCCCGCCGCCGCCACAUCAAACGUAGCCGCUAUAGGUUAAAUCCUCGGAUCCGUUUUUCUUGUUUUUCCCACAGUGGCACCUGAUCCCGCCUUCAAAAGUAGACCCGGACCAAUCCGCGGUACACGUCGCGUCGCCCGUUGCUUUCGCAUCUCCUCCGUCAGCUACCACGCAGACGGUCAGUCGUCGGUUGUUAUCAGAUCAGGAAGACCCGGCCACGUCAGUCAAUCGUCAUCGUCAUCGCUGUCAAAUUUCAGCGUCAAGUUGAAGAUCCGUAUAUUCUCCAGUGCCGGGAAAACUGUAUUUUCGUUGAGUGUACACGCGAGUUCGUCUCCAAAUCAGUGACACACACGUGCCGAUAUCAACAAAAAGUGCUUAGUCCAGGCGCCACGGCGUAAUGAAUGGAGCGACGGCCGUCGGUACCGCCGGAGAUCAUCUUGGCCAGUCGCAACAACUCCACCACGUUAGCAGUCCGGAACAUCCACGAAGUCCGGGAAGUCCUUUAAGCCUAAGGCGAGAUUCGGGUGACAGUAGCGUUAUUUCACCAGGACUUCCGGAGCGGUACAGUCCCCUCGGCGCUACCGGGUCAGCCUCGAGCCUGGACCCUUACGCAUCACGGGGUGUCCAGGAUUGUCCGCUGCCGCUUUGCCGAGGAAUGCCAUCGGAGUUUCCUCCCCCGAGAUCACCGUACUUGACUGCUCUUGGGAACGGGCAUCCUCACUUGAUGGGCCAGGUACAGCAGCAGCCUCAGCACGGCGCCAAACCGCCCCGGACACUGGGCCUGAUAUGCGUCGUCUGCGGCGACACCAGCUCAGGGAAACACUACGGGAUUCUCGCUUGCAACGGGUGCAGCGGUUUCUUCAAGAGGAGCGUGCGCCGCAAGUUGAUUUACAGAUGUCAAGCGAACACUGGAAGCUGCAUUGUCGACAAAGCUCAUAGAAAUCAGUGCCAAGCCUGCCGUCUUAAGAAAUGCAUACAAAUGGGGAUGAACAAAGAUGCCGUGCAGAAUGAAAGACAGCCACGGAACACAGCCACCAUCAGACCUGAAGCUCUCGUCGAAAUGGAACAGGAUCGAGCGCUUCGAGAAGCUGCUGUGGCCGUUGGAGUGUUUGGACCCCCGGUGUCACUGGCGAUGGCCAGGUACACGGCACCCCUACCUCUGCCAUCUAUUGCGCCAACCCCGAAUUCAACGAGUGCUUCGACGCCACCGCGCCAGGAAGCCGAAGACGGCAACGGCUCGGAGGAUAGUAUCGACGUGACAAACGAGGAACCCGUCGUUCCACAGCGCAGCGGAUGCGCUCAGCUACCGCCGGUGCUUCCCGCCCUCUAUUCGCCGACGACGGUCGAGACCGUUUACGAAACGAGUGCCAGAUUGCUCUUCAUGGCCGUAAAGUGGGCCAAGAAUCUUCCUUCUUUUGCCAGUCUACCAUUCCGCGAUCAAGUAAUACUGCUCGAGGAGGCAUGGUCGGAAUUGUUCCUCUUAAACGCCGUCCAGUGGUGUUUGCCCCUGGAGUCGUCGCCGCUUUUCAGUGCCGCCGAACUUACCGCCCUGACGCUUUCACCGCCGCUCCAAUCCCACCAGGGGUUGCAUUACCCGGGUGUCGGGAAGUCCACCCAAGUCUCCGCGGACGUCAGACAUCUGCAUGACACCCUCCACAGAUACAAAGCCAUGAUGGUAGACCCUGCGGAAUUCGCCUGCAUGAAAGCCAUCGUUCUCUUUCGACCUGAAACCCGCGGCCUCAAGGACCCCAGUCAAAUAGAGAAUCUUCAAGAUCAGGCUCAAGUUAUGCUCGGGCAGCACGCGAGAGCUCAGCAUCCGGGAAACCCGGCGCGCUUCGGAAGGCUCCUUCUUCUGCUGCCCCUUCUGCGAGUCGUUCCAGCGACGAGGGUUGAGCUGGUCUACUUCCACAAAACGAUCGGUAACACUCCUAUGGAGAAAGUUCUUUGCGACAUGUAUAAGAAUUAGGCCGAACUUGGCUUGUUAAAGUGCAGAGUUUGGAACUUGCAUUUUCUCCGUUAUCUUUCGUCCACCUACUCCGGCUCUUUAACGAUCGUCGAUACAUGUUCGACCAACAAUCCCUGUUGACGAAUUGGGGAAAGAGAGCAAACAUUAUGAUCCUGGCCACGCCCGGGGUUUCGCGAUUUCUACGAAAAAUGACGCGAGUCCCAAUUGAGUAAUAGUGGUUUUCACGUGGCUGCACGAGUGCGAUUCACUUCUGAUAUAACUAGCGAGUAUGUUGUAUGUAUUAUAUAGGCUGAUAAACAUUUUCAUCCGUAAAUCGUUGUCAAACACGAAAUGAUGUACCUAAUGCAAGAAAAACUUGAAGGUAUAACGAAAACUGCAGGCAUCUAAUCUACAAGGAAUUAAAAGUUAGCUAUUCAAAAUAUUUAUGUAUUCAUUUGUAAGUAUUUAUUCCUCAUUAUUAUAUCA